AAAGAGAGAAAGAUGAAGGACGCCCUUCAACUCCAGGAGGACUCAUGAAUAAAUUAGGGCUAGAACAACAAAGUCGAACCAGUAAACUCAACAAUGAACGAAAGUUAGAAUACAACCAACUCCUCACAGAGACUCCGCCUCGUAACCGGGCUCGAUUUGAAGAUGUCCAGCCCUGAGAGUUUCAAUGGAGGACUCCCAGGCCAGUCAGCAGUGGACAAUGAGAUGCGGAAAAAGGUGGAAAGAAAUGACGAAUACAAUGAAUAUUUGAGAAAUAAAGAAGAGAAUCAAAGAUCAAAAUCUGCGGAUAGGCGCCCUCCUUUGCCCCGGGAGCGGGAACGUCCGAGAUCUAGACAUGGAAGGAAUUCACCAUCACAAGAGGAGGUCCCUAGGUUAGACCUUGAGCGUGGUCCCCCCCCACCAGCUCCUCGCCGUAAACAAAAGCAACAGGAGAAAUUUGAGGCCUCACUGCCCGGUCUACAGACCAACUCUGCUCAGAGAAGACGUAAAGAGGAGGAGAGAAAUAGGGAAUACAAUGAAAUGUUGAAAAAGCAGAAAGGCAGAGGUAGGGGGCGAGGCACCCCCCGGGAUGCACCCCCGGAGACAAGGCGGGGAUGGCAGACCCCUACCUAUGAUGAAAUCCUGGAAAAGAAACGACGAGAGGAACGACAAUAUAGGAGACAAGAGGACCCUUAUGGGGACAACAGAGGCCUGAGACCCUACGGUAGUGAGGGGGCCAUUAACAGAGUCGGGGUUGAUGAUGUGAAGAUGAGGGAUCUAGAUCGGGAGUAUGAGCAAAGGAGAGUGAGAUUCCAAAAUGAUCGCUCAAAGGAACGAGGCGUCCUCAACGAUGAUAAUUGGUUAAGGACAGAUGAAGCCAAAGAACAGCAAUAUUCCAAAUUGGUCAAAAAGAUAAGCGGGCCACAGCGUAAGGGCUAUUUGGACUCAAAGUCUGACUCGGAACUUGAAGAAAACUUUAGGUACCGUCACAGAGAUAGACAGGAACCAGAAGAACGACCAAACCCUCGUCAAAAGGACAUGUCAAGACCACCUGGGGAUUUCUUUGCCACACUACCUCUAGGCAAAAGUGAAGCAGGCACUCGAAGUAGAGGGCACCAGGACAGAGACAGUGCUACCCGGAGAAAGAAACAAAAGUAUCGUGAUGAACUACAAAUUCAGAUGCGUGAUAAAGUUGAAGCCAAAGUCAGGGAAAAGAGGGAAGAUCUGCGAGUUGCAGCAUCUGGGUACCUUGAUCCUGAGAAAACACCAGCCAGGGUAAAAAGUAUCCCCGGUCAACCAGGAAUUUCUCCACGCCGUAGGAUAAGAAGUCCUGAAGUUGUACCUUAUCAUGCUAAGAUUGUACAAAACCAACAGGCAUCUCGCGGUGGUGGAUAUGAUCCAUCAGGAGACUUUGGUUUGGGAGGGGGUGUGUCAUUUGGAACAGACGGUUCAGCACCCAAGGGGCGUCGUCGAGAUCGAGGUGGAUAUGAGCCAUCAGCUUUUAUAGAUGGAGGAGGAGGGUUUGACACGGGCCUGUUAGAGCCACGUAGACCGACAGGAUUAUCUCUCCCUCCUGGACUACAGUACCAACCCACGUUUGGUGACCUGGACCCCGACACAGGCGUACCUAGGAAAUCAAACAGUCGAAGCUAUUUUACCUAUAUAACUGGCCAGGACAGUCUCGGUGGUAUCAAUAACCAUAGCUCUAUAGACGAUGCCUACAGAUUCUACGGUAUGAGGAACCCACUUGACCCAGAACCCACAGGUGGUGGUGGUGGAGCUGUUGUACCCCGUCUGAAUCUCGGUGGGGAAGGUCAGGGACCUCGGGGACGCAGUUCACCUAGAGUCACGUUUGACGACAGUCACCGAGGGAUCCUGAAGGAUAGUGCCCGGCGACCAUCUCGACACAGAAGUCCUGGCAGGACAACUCCCUACCAGUUUGAUGCUGAUCAAGAGGACCGCACUACUACAAACCAGAACAAACGAGAGUAUGCUAAUGAACUGGCUAGGCAGAUGGAGUUGGACAAAAUGAAGAGAGAAAGGGCAAAGCAAGAGAACAUGAUGUACGAGAAGAGGAUUGAGGAAGACAUGCUUAACUACAAUCCCUUUGGACGGUCAGGAGGAGGAGCACCCAACCUUGAUGCCAGGGGACAACCUAUAGCUGACCUGCGACAGAUGCGUAAAAGAGUUGAUGACCCCUCUUACACCCCUCCUCCUCGUGAGUCCCCUCGCUUUAGAGCACCAGUAUCACCCAAAGAUGACCUCAUUCCUCCUCCUCCAGCUCAGAUUAAUGCAGAAGGCGAGUCAACAUACGCACUUGGUGGUCAUGGUAUUUUCGGAAAUCCUAGGACUGAAGAGGAAAAGUCUAAAGCAGAUAAAUACAAGGAUGAUUUAAGGUUACAGAUAUUAGAAAAGAAACGACAAGAUCAGUUAAAAAAGGAACAAGAAAAAAUUGAGGAGGAGAAAGAAAAUCGUCGUCUAGAGGAACAGCGACAGAGAAUACAGAGGGAUUUUGAUGAGGAACAGAGGAAGAAACGAGAAAAGGAGGAAGAGAAUCGCAGAAAACAGGAGGAACUUAUCAGGAAAAACGAAGAAAAACGACGAGAAGCUGAACGGGCUAAACGAGAAAAAGCUGAGAUUCGUCAGAGAGAUAGAGAGAGGGAAUUAGAUGAACAGAAGCGAUACGAUUCGCAACAACGUACUUCAUCGCCACCCGUUCCAACUCUGCGCAGCAAACUCGCCACAACAGAUGGAGAACCGAAAGGUGAAGAUGAGGGUGACACUAGAACAGAUUCGCCGCCUCUCCCCGCUCAACGGACCCCGAGGGAUCCCCAACCAAAGCCGAAGGCACGUCCCCCACCUGAACCUGUACAAAGGGCCAACAGUUCUGAGGUCCUUCGAGAGCUAGCUAACAUGAGGCAGCAGCUGGAGAGUGAGCGAAAGAGAGUGGAGGGAGCCCUCACCAAACAGAAGAAUGAACCUGAGGUAUUUGACCCCAGAUUGGUACAGAGACCCCCACCGAAAGAAGUGGAUGUGUUUGAGAGAGCUACUCAAGGCAAUGCCUCUGUUCCCCAGAGAGUAUCAGACACUGCCAAUCCCAGGAAUAUACAGGAAUUCCAGGACCUUAAAUAUAAAGGUGAUACCGAGUCACGCCGUGCAUUUAGAAGUAUGUUCCCGGAGCAGCCAUACACCAACACAACCCUCGAGUCACAGCAGGACGCCAUGCUGAGACAACAGAAUGAACAGAUACGCACACUUAAGGACAGGAUGACACGAGCUGGACUAUUGUCGCGGGAGAGAACACAUGUAAUAAACAAGCCACAAGGCUACGUUCCACCUAAUGACCUAGGUAUGUCUGCGCGCCAAGGGACCGGCACGCCAAGAUCCCUCCUCCAGGCCAACACAGCAUUUAUAGAUGUAGAAAAUGUUAAUCACUUCCCGGAGGACUUCGACGACAUGGCACCAAAGAGGAACGAUUCCGCCCGAAUUAGGAGAAGAGAGCGAGUCACACCUCUUCAUGAUCUGGCUGGUCCCUCUAAUGUGAUGGGGUCGGUGUCUAGUCUGGACGUCGACAGGCUGCAGAGGAAGAAUGAUGCGAGGAUAAGACGCUUACAGCAGAUGAAUGCUGAUGAGGUUUCCAUGGCAGAUCCUGAUGAAAUUCUAAAUAAUUUUAUGGCCAAACAGAACUUUAACAGACCGCCAUCUGGACACACCCUACAGGACGACACAUGGCUACAGCCAGGAAAGUUAUAGCGACUCAUCUCUAGUGUUAAUUAGUAUCGAAAUGGACGAUUUUAAUACAUAUCAACAGACGAGACAGUAAUGAGGAAUAGUGUUCACAGUAACAAAUUACAUGGGGUCCUAUGCUGUUACAUUACAAAAGCCGUGGUCGAAUGCUCUGACAUUAAAAUGGUCAAAUGACUAAAUUUCAAGACAAAAGUGUUUUUCACUCGAUGUGAACACUUUUAAGUGGUUAUAGUGUGUGCAUAUCGGAUACCAGUAUUGACAACUCAUCACAGUGGCUAGAAUUAUGUUUGUGGAUAUGUAAACAUGGAAGUGGAGGAGCUGUUAUACUCAUCUAGAGUGUACGAUGUGAUUGGUGGACGGACAGAUCCCUGGUUACCAUACUUAAACAUACUGGUCAAAUAAAGGAUUUUACUGGUGACGUUUUUAUCAGUAUAACAUCCUUGUAAUGAUAAACAUGUCUAUCGUGUACUUCAUUAACGUCCAUUGUACUGGUACAGUGUAUCUCAACUAUAAAAGUUCUCUGUCUGGAAUAUCCGAAUUAUAUUGAAUGUCAAAUUAUUGUUUAAAUUAUUGCUCAUUCAUAUAUAUUUUUAACUUUAUAGUCAAGUUUUCUUCUUAGUAUGGAUGAUUUAGUAUACAAAGUAUAUAACUUUUUAAAUAUGAUUGAUACAGUGUUUUAUCAAGAGUCACAUAAUUACUUGAUAUUAAACUUAUGAAAGGUAAAAGAGAUGAUUUUGGUCACAACAUAAACUAAAGUGUUUUGAAGAGAAUGAAAAUGUUUCUGUAUGUUUUUCAUACAUUCAUAUAUUUUGAUUCAGAGUUGAAACCUUUUUAACAUUUUCAAUUUCUGGCAGGCUUUAGUUUCAUAUGAUAUCUGUACCUAUAAUCACAACACAGAAUUGCCUUGUAUGUGAAAAUCAAAUAUACUUACGUACAUCUAUUGUGUUUGUACAUAGGUUUUAUUUAUUGUUCUCCCAAACUGUGAUAUUUGUUUAAAAUAAUGUUAAUACAGCACUUGUUAGCAUGCCAUGCACUCCCCUUUAGUUAUAUACCAGAUAUUGGUGUAGAUUCCCGAAAGUAUCAAUGAUUCAUCCAGAGUAUGAUAUACGGAUUCAUUACAGGUAAAAUUGUAUGCUCAUUUCAGUCAUACAAGUAUUCUAAUUCAUAUCCAUUGGGGUGGGACAUUACAACUGUUGAUGUUCCAGGAGACAAUACACUUGGUAUUCUCUUCAGAAUCUCUAUAUACAUUAUAAGUUAUAAAUAGAAACUAAUGUAUAUGUGAUAAGUAUAUUGCUAAUUUCUGGAAUCUAGUUCUGUGAUGAAUCGACCUGGUGUUUACAAAUCUGAUUAGAUGCCAAUUUUCUUGCUAAAUAACAAAACUGAAAAUUAAAACUCAGUCCUAUAAGUUACUACCAGACAGUCAGUGCUGGUUUUGAUAUUUAUGUCCCAAUAAUUUUGUUUUCUUUAUGAAUUUCUUCAUUCAGGACCAGCGGAAACAGCUCGGUCUCGUGACUCAUUAUUUUAUAUACAUGUAUACAUGUUAUCAUCACAGCCUUGUUUGUGAUCUACUGUGUGGUAAUCCUUUAUUGGUGCUAUCAUAACAGCUUUUAACUCUAGCAAAACUAGACACAUUUUUCUUUCAGGUUUCAUCUCAGGAACUUGACAGAAUGGAAGUUUUGGCUCGUGUAAAGAUGCCACAUUAGUUUACAUUAGGCUAAGCAAAAUAAUAAACAUGUAUUAGACAUAUGCAUGUAUAGGCAUCACUUAUUCAAAAUUAGUGAAACUGUGCUAGGACGGGGGCCCGGUAUCUAGGGUAAACCAUGUAGAAACCAUUGUUUUGGCCUUACACACUACAAUUGCACCAUUGAUAUUUUAAGUAAAUAAUUAAUUAGUUUAUUAUAGAAUCGUCUUCAAUGUUUUAUUAUUAUCCGUCCAGACAUUAAGUGCAUUAUAUACCUACCGUGUCCUGUAUAAUAGUUAAUUGUAGCGGUACAUAUUUAUUACAUUAAUACAUGUAUGUCAUACUGUCAUAGUUUAACAUUCCUUUGCCAUCAGGGAAAAUUGAUUAAUGAUAUAUUAAGUAAAAAUGUCACAAAUCAA